UAUAGUUUUAGAAAUAUCCGGUUCUAUUUUCAGCUGCUAAAUUGUCAGUAAUUUUAGAAAUCAAAUCUUGAGCACUUUUGUAAAUUUCAUCCUUGAAAAGGUUUUUCACAAUAUGCUGGCAACAAAUAUCAGCAUUGCACUUGCAUAUACCUUCACCUUUUAAUCUUUCAGCAUCAUAUAUUUCUAGCUUGAUUACUUUAUGUCCUUCCAUAGGCAUUUUGAUGUGUGAAUAAAUAAUACUUUCUAAUUUCCUCCUUCUUAGGUUGGAGUUUUCACCACCUUGUUUUGCAAGGAUAUGAUCUGGUGCAAUGAAAUUGAACAUCGAACCCGAAUCCUGAAACAUGAAAAAAUAAUACAUGUUAUCCAUUUAUCCAUUUAUAAGUAGGUAACUUACUAAUAAACAUAAAAAAAUUACAAUAUAGAUCCAACGAAACAAAAAAAAUACUUACAGACAUGAUGAUGUGUUGACACGUCCGUCCUCUCUUUACGAACAAAAUUAUGAGUAUAAAUAUUAUUUUUGCUUUUAGAAUAUCCAACAUACAGGGUGUUGUAAAAGUGGUAUAGUAACCCCCAGAGCGGAUGACUGUGGGUAAUCAUUCUGAACCACUUGUUCUACGAUAAAUAAAGUAGUCGUAGUACGGGUUAGUCACCCCUUUUCUUCUUAAGUACUAUCCUUUUUUAACACUCUGUAUAAAAUAAAGCUCUAAAAUCUGUUCGUUCUUAUUCUUUUACUUUCCAAAAUUCGAAAAUAAAUAGCAAGUAAACCCUGGGUUAGUUACUAGUAUUGUCAAAGUAUCGAGUGCCGACUAAUUAGGAUAAAAUGCUGACUCAAAAACACGUGUGGUACUGCACACUACAACAGUCCAUGCAUCUCUUUUUACGGGCAAUUGUGACGUCGUACUCUCGUUCAACAGAAGCUAAACACAUGUACAAUGCAAAGUUUACUUAUAGGGGUGAAAUGGCGGGAGUGAUUCAUUUUUUUCGUCACCGGCUACCUGGUUUAUCAGAUCAGUCAAUCAAAAGAAAACUUGUGUUUUAUCACUCCAGUACUUAUUGAAAAUGGCAAGCGCAAGUCGAGCUGACAUCAUUCUGAGCCCUGAAGAGAGCUCCUCGAGCAGCAGCAGCAGCAGCAGCAGCGAGAGCAGCGCCAGCAGCCGGGAGGCGUCGCCGGUGCGAGUGGCCGACCCACCAUCCUCAUCAUCUGCUAAGAAAUCUAAGAAAAGGAAAACGGAGAAAGAAAGAAAGCCUGCUGCCCCCGCUAAAAAACGGUCUAAGAAAGAAAAUACAGAAAAAACUUCAAAGAAACGGGAUGGAACUACUAAGUUGAAGAAAGAAAACCAAGUGAAGGCUGCAACGCAACUUGAAUCUCGACCGAGUACUUCAUUGAAAACCACAGCUAAGGACAUUAUGGGCGUAGAUUCGGAUAUAGAUGAGGACUUAUUGAACAAUGGUGCUAUGGAGAAGCUAGGGGGAAACUUGACAAAGUUUAAGUCAUAUAGAUCUAAUACUGAUUUAGUGUACUGGGAUGAUCCUAAUGAGUUGAUAGAAAGACUUCAAUUAUUAAUUGCUUCAAAAGAUGCUGGUAACACCAACCAUGACAAUGAAAUCUUGUCCAUCAUUGAAGAAUUAAAAGAAGCUGGUAUUAUUAAAGAAUAA